UUCUUCCUUUUUCCCCGAGAUUUUUUUCCUCUGUUCGGUCGGCCAUUGAAUUGUUGUUGAUUCAUUGGCUCUAAAACGAAAAUGGGAAUUCUCAACGACGACGCCGUUUUAAUCGAACCGGGAAAAAUCUCCGGAGAUCCCACCGUCGUUACCGUCAAUUGUCCUGAUGAAUCCGGUCUCGGUUCAACUCUGUGUAGAAUCAUCCUCGAAUUUGGUCUCUCCAUUACCCGAGCAGAUUUUUCAACAGAUGGAAGAUGGUGUUAUAUAGUGUUUUGGGUUACUCCAGAUAUUAGCUCUCCUAAAAUUGAUUGGGACAGCUUAAAGAAUCGUCUUUUAUCAGCUUGUCCUUCUUGCUUAGGCUCUUUCUACUUCUGCCUUCAAUCCAAUGUCUCUAAGCCUCCUUCCCUUUAUCUUCUCAAGUUCUUUUGCCGUGAUAGGAAAGGAUUGCUUCAUGAUGUUACUAAAGUUUUGACAGAGCUAGAGUUUACAAUACAAAGAGUCAAAGUCAUGACAACACCAGAUGGAAGAGUUUUGGAUAUGUUUUUCAUCACUGACGCAAUGGAUCUAUUGCACACGAAACAGAGACAAACCAAAACGUGUGACCAUCUAACGGCUGUGCUUGGUGAGCAUGGUGUGAGUUGUGAGCUUGAACUAGCUGGGCCUGAGUUAGAGAGUGUGCAACGAUUCUCUUCACUUCCACCUUUGGCUGCUGAUGAGCUGUUUGGCCCAGAUGGGUUUGAUAUUAGCGGCUCUAGCUCUAACAAAGCGGUUCUUACCGUUGAUAAUCAGUUGAGCCCUGCACAUACGUUGCUUCAGAUUCGUUGUGUUGAUCAAAAGGGACUUUUCUAUGAUAUCCUCAGGACUUCCAAAGACUGCGAUGUCCACAUUGCAUACGGUAGGUUCUCCUCCAAGGUUAAAGGUUAUAGGAAUUUGGAGUUGUUUGUUAGAGGCACAGACGGGAAUAAAAUAAUGGACCCAAAACAUCAAGCCAACUUCUGUGCUCGACUUAAGGAGGAAAUGGUGUGUCCUUUGCGAGUGAUUAUCGUGAACCGAGGACCAGAUACUGAGCUAUUAGUAGCCAACCCUGUGGAACUAUCCGGAAAAGGAAGACCACGAGUUUUCUACGAUGUCACACUUGCGUUGAAAUCACUAGGAAUCUGCAUCUUCUCCGCUGAGAUUGGGAGACAUUCGACUUUAGAUCGACAAUGGGAAGUUUAUAGAUUUCUUUUGGAUGAGAGUCGUGAAUUCCCAUUGGCUAGCCUCCGUGCGAGAAAUCAAGUAGUAGAUAGAGUCACAAAGACACUUAUGGGUUGGUGAAGCGGAUGAGAGUGAGCUUUCAUGAACGUUAUGCUACACUCAAGGGGACAAAGAAACAAAGUCUUCUUCGCUUGCGGCUUCGGGUCGAUGAAAAGAGUGAUGCAAGGGGGUUGUGAUUGCUGUUGUGUGGAGCUAAUAGCGUUGUAAAGCUUUGGAAAUUGUAAAAGGAUUAUAUAACCGCAAUUGCAAUGAAUGCUUGUAAACUCACUUUGCAAAGGUAACAUUUCCGUUGACUAGGUGGUCACUACAAGAGAGCGACAGAGUUGACCCGAGCCAGAAUCGCAAACAUGUUACAUUUAGCCAUGUAGUGGCCUUUGGGGGAUAAUAUGGUAAUUAGACAAAUUGUAUCGAAAUAUAUUUAGAGUGUUGCCAUCAAAGAUCUCUGUGUUUUUGAAUUCUUUUUAAUCAUAUACUGAAAUUUGUUUUAGUUGUCAUCAAUAUAUUCAUCUACUACUGUACUAAUCCCUUUAUAAUUGAGUUUAUAUAACGAAGAAAAAGGAGAUAUAGAUGCAUUGACAAGUCC